CACACUGUUUCGCACAGAACAUGUUAAUCCCGCUAAAUAUUUUGUUAUUGAGUUCCGCAAAAUUUAAACGUUUUAAAACGUUUCAAAUUCAUAAUGGAUUUGGAAAAUAAUAACAAUACAGUGGUACCUGACUUCAAAAAGGAAGACGUUGAUAAAAAACGCUCAGCGCCCGACGAAGAUAAUGAUGGCGUUGCGAAUAUCAAGAGAUUGAAACUCAGCGGCAAGGCUACAAAAGUGGAUAACGCACAUGUGCCUGAGAAUAACAAAAAAACUGUGGCGCAGAGUCCAAAAAAGCGUAUAGAACUGAGUAAUAGCAAGCCCAGGAUCAAUAAAAAUGAGGCGUUUAUCUUUGGCAACUAUAGGCAUUAUUAUGGCAAGCGCAUUCUGGACACAGACUUCCAUGAUAUACGCUUAGAUGUGCUGGCCAUGCAGCCGGAGUUGUUUCGAGGCAAACAGCUGCUCGACAUUGGCUGUAACUCCGGUCACUUCUCUCUGGAAAUAGCCAAGAAAUUUGAGGUGAGGAGCCUGGUUGGCCUGGACAUCGAUCGCGCCCUGACAUCUGAGGCCCAACUAUCCGUCAAUCUGCUCAAGCGUUCCAGUAAUAUUUCAGCAGCGACGGCUGCUGGCAAAUUUCCAUACAAUGUAAAAUUUGUGCAUGGCAACUUUGUGCUAGCCGACGAUGUCCUACUUGAGAUCGAGCGACCACAAUUCGAUGUCAUACUCUGCCUCUCUGUCACCAAGUGGAUACACCUCAACUUCUGUGAUGCGGGGCUGAAGCAGGCCUUUCGACGGAUGUACCUGCUUCUGCAUCCAGGUGGCAAGCUGAUACUAGAGCCGCAGGCAUUCGAUACCUACAAGCGACGCAAAAAGCUAACGGAGAGCAUAAGGAAGAACUACGAGGCCAUUCAAUUCAAGCCUGAUCAGUUCACAAGCUACCUACUCAGCCAGGAAGUUGGAUUUGCCGACAUGCAGCUGAUGGGCGUUCCAGCGCACUGCCAAGCAGGCUUCAAGCGCCCCAUACUGAUAUUUAGUAAAGUCUAAUCUAGUCUAUCCACUUUAGCAUUUAAGUAAGGAA